AUGUGGAACUUCAAUCCUGUCGAAAAUCCUAUAGUACCAGGGACCAAACUCUCGAAUGAAGGAGAAGGCAAAGAUGUGGAUGCUACUACAUAUAAGCAACUCGUGGGUUGUCUUAUGUAUUUAACAGUCACCAGACCUGAUAUGAUGUAUGUGGUAUGUUUAAUAUCUCGUUUCAUGGCCAAACCUAGAGAAGAGCAUAUGCAGAUCGCUAAAAGGGCGUUAAGGUACUUAAGGGGUACUCUGGAUUUUGGUCUUUUCUAUAAGCGAGAAUCUGACUCAAUACCAAAGGUAUAUACUGAUAGCGAUUAUGCCGGAGAUAUAGACGACAGGAAGAGCACGCCAGGGUAUGUAUUUCUACUAAGUAAAGCAACUGUUUGUUGGAGUUCACGAAAACAAGCUAUAGUCACUUUAUCCUCGACCGAAGCUGAGUAUGUAGCUGCAACAUCCUGUGCUUGCCACUGUGUUUGGGUGAAAGGAAUUCUUCAACAGUUCAGCACCAAGCCUUGUCAGUGCUUCAAGAUCUUGUGCGAUAAUAGUUCCUCCAUUAAACUCUCAAAAAAUUCAGUGAUGCAUAAGAGGACAAAACAUAUAGAUGUGAGGUAUCAUUAUUUACGUGAUCUUACAAGUCAAGAAGUUGUGAAGCUAGUGUUUUGUGGGACUGAAGAGCAGGUGGCAGAUAUCAUAACCAAACCAGUAAAAUUGGAGACAUUUGUUAAGCUAAGAAGCUUGCUUGGGAUACAAGCUCGAGAAGAUUAA